UGAGAGACUCUGUAGGCUAUUAGAGAAAAGAUUCACAGGUGAUCACAAAUCUUUUUGAAUUUUGAAUGCUAUUCAAACGACCCAUAUGCCUUUAUAGAUUUAAUUUAUAAUCUGAUCUGGAGCAGAAUGAGUUAACCCGGUUAUCUGCGCGCACUGAACCGAGAACUGCUCCUCGCCGGCCGCAUCUUGAUCGCCGUUCGGGGGAUCAUGUCCGGUAAGGGAACCGAGGAAGCACUUAACGACAGCACAGAGAUGCAGCAAAGAAGUUUGGAGAGCGGUACUAUGAAGACUGACUUGGAGGCCGGGAGUUGCAGCGCUGCAAUCCACUGUCUGGAUGUGUGUCGCUCAUAUGGGAAACUUAAAGUCCUUAACAAUCUCAACCUGGCAGUACCUCAGGGCCAAAUUUAUGGGCUGCUGGGGCCAAGUGGCUGUGGGAAGACUACACUGUUGAAAUGCAUUGUGGGAACUCUAAAGAUCUCUCAUGGUCAUAUCUCAGUGCUGGGGAAACCACCAGCUUUCCCAGGACAUGAAGUGCCAGGAAGGAUGGUGGGAUACAUGCCACAGGACAUAGCUCUGUACAAUGAGUUCACUAUCAACAACACACUAUGGUUUUACGGUCGAAUUCAUGGCCUAUCAUCUAAAGACACAGAGGCCAGGAUCAAUUUCCUCAUCGACUUCUUAGACCUGCCGCAGAAAGACAGCCUUGUGAGAAAUCUCAGUGGAGGCCAGCGCCGGCGUGUUUCUCUUGGAGCUGCUUUGCUUCAGAACCCACAACUACUGAUCCUGGAUGAGCCCACUGUGGGAGUGGACCCUGUUCUGCGGGCCAAGAUUUGGCAGCACCUGGUAGACAUUGUAAGAGGAGGACAGGUGUCCGUCAUUAUUACAACGCAUUACAUUGAGGAGGCCAGACAAGCCAAUACGGUUGGUUUGAUGAGGAAUGGUCAAUUGUUAGCUGAAGGUCCUCCAGACGCUGUUAUGAAGCAACACAAUGCAGCAACUUUAGAGAGUGCAUUCUUGCAACUUUGUGAGGACUUCGAUCAGAUGGACUCCAGACAGGGCCUGCAGGGCCGUCUGCUGGACAACAGUCCGUCCCCAGACAGUAUGAGAGAUGAAAGCAGAGAGCCCAUACUGAGAAAGAGUACACCAGGAGACAUACCUAAAUAUAAAGCUGACUGGAAAGUGCGAGCCAGACAUUUCAUACCAAAAUGGCGCAACAUUGCAGCGUUGAUGAUCAAGACAAUGGUUCGAAUGAGAAGAAUGCCAGGGUCCCUCUGUUUCCAGUUCUUGUUGCCGGUAAUUCAGAUCUGUCUGAUGUGCCUGUGUAUUGGUGGAGACCCCAAAGGCAUUGAUGUGGCUGUGGUCAAUAAUGAGACUAGUCCCAGUGCCUACAGUACCACAUUGCUGUCUUUUCUUGACAACACAAGUGUCCACCAGGUGAAAUUGUCUCAUUCUGAAGCUUUUGCUGGUAUUCAUAAUGGGGAAUACUGGGCUGUCAUAGAGUUUGGGGAGAAUUUCACCAGCUAUCUAACCAAAAGGAUGUUGCAGCCCCGGGUCUCCAGAGAUGUGAUUGAGGGAGGAUCUGUGCAUGUUUGGCUGGAUCUGACUAAUCGACAGAUUGCCCUUAUGCUACAGAAAAAACUCCACGAGGCCUUUGGGGCUUUUAUUGAGACAAAGCUGGGGAGUUUAUCUUACAUGGUGGCCUUCCCUAUAAAAUUUGAAAAACCAAUAUAUGGCAGUGAGAACACCGAUUUCACAACGUUUGUGACUCCAGGGGCCGUUUUGAGCAUCACAUUUUACCUGGCAGUGGGGUUGACCGCUCUAUCCUUUGUGUUGGAGAGAAAGGAGGGGCUGCUGGACAGGUGCUGGGUGGCAGGUGUGAGUUCUCUGGAGACCAUGCUGGCACACCUCUUCUCACAGCUAUUUGUCAUCAGUGUUCAGAUAAUCCUUCUGCUGAUCUUCAUCCUGCUGGUCUUCAAAAUUCCUAAUGAAGGAUCUCUGGCUUUGGUGAUCUCAUUGAUUGUGCUGCAGGGAGUGACGGGAAUCUCCUUCGGGCUGGUCAUCUCCUCUGCUAUCGAUGACGAGCAGUCUGCCAAUCAAGCGGCUCUUGGAAUCUUCUACCCCAACCUCAUCAUUAGUGGUGUUAUCUGGCCGGUGGAGUGUAUCCCAUAUCCUCUGCGUUAUUUGAGUCUAGUCCUGCCCCAGACCUACGCAUCUGAAGCCCUGCGCUGCAUCAUGUACAGAGGUUGGGGUCUGUCCCAUAUGAUGGUUUGGCGAGGCUUUGUGGUCACUCUGGGCUGGAACACAUUCUUCAUUAUGCUAGCGACAGUCAUUCUCAAGCUGAGAACAUGAGAGGCUCUGCCUGAGGAAAGGUGCUUCAGAUUGGAUAUAGUAGUGUCCAGCAAGGCCAAAAAAAUAACUGACACAUUGGAAAUGCCAAUCUGAGCCUCUCUCUCCUUAAAUAUGCCAUUCACCUAAAAGGAUCCAAGGACCAUCAACAUGACUCAGGGCAUUUCUCAACCAGCUAAGAGACCUAUUGAACAAGCAAUUCAAACUUCUGUCAAGUUUACUGACUGUGAUGCAUAAAGCUCAUGGUGUAUUUCACAUGGGCUUCAGUUAUUUUAAACAUCCAUCAAAUAAGAAAGAAAAUUGUUGAAGCCUACUGUUUGAACUUUCCACACUCUCUUCUUUUUUCCCCUGGAUUAUGUAAUGCAUUCUGAAUUCAUGCCUGUGUGUCUUUGGGUGUGUCUCAAUCAGCUUCAGUAGUCAAGGCACUGAUCAGGGAGUCAGCCAUUUUAAACCUCCCUUGUACCCCCUCAUCCUAAACCGAAAACACAAUGCUUAGGGAGGAUUCUUCUCUCAAGUCUAGUUUAUUUAUAAAGCCCUUUCCAUUACAAAGUAGACCAAUUGGCUGUAAAGUACAAAUUAUUAUUCUACAAAUUAUAAUAAAACAACAAGAACAAGGAGACAAAGGUUAAUAAUAAAAGAAAGAAAAAGAAAAGAUAUCAGAAUACAACAAAGAUGAAAAAAAAAUUCUGGGCACAUUUCCCCCAUUGCAUCGUAUAGUGUUUUUGAUUUUUCAAGUUACUGCUUUUUUAUUGAUAAAUGUUUUUAGAUUAGCAGCUUGGGUGUUCAUUUAUCAAGUGCCAUAAAGAAAAUGAAGGAAGAACCACAAUGUUUACAUUUGAGCACAUAGCAGGCCAAUGUUAAACCUGCAAGUUGAACUGAAAAGACAAAUUUAGUCUCUUAUUUUAGUAUAUGUCAUGUGUGAAAGACAGCACAAGCUGAAUUGCAAUGUAAGUUAUGUUAAAGCUAAGUUACUUGGAAUGGUGACAAUAGUUUGAUGGAUAUUUAAGAGUGCAAUAUUUGACGUGGAGAAUGCAUGUUUUAAAUGUAUUAUUGGUUGUGGGUAAAAAAGGUGUGUGUGUGUGUGUGUGUGUGUGCAUGACUGCUAUUCAAAGACAACAACUAAUGUAUUAUAUGUAUUUAUAUUUUUUCCUCUUUAUCUUUUGAAUCUUGAAGUUCAUCAUUAGGAUGCUGGAUUUCUACCUUUACCUUCAUCAAUCAGCUUUUGGUUUGGUUUAUAUUUAAGUCUCUACAUAACAGCUAAAUUAAACAAAUCUGCAAAACUGAAUUGAAAAUUUGCAAGCUGGAAGAAAUUGUUAGUGUUCGUUUAAAACAACCUUUAAAUUUGGUUCCACAUCAUAUCAAAUAACUGUAUUUUGAACAGUUAAAAACCAAGUGGAAUUUGUUUUUGUUUUUUUACAUAUGUGAAAGGAAAUUGCUACUGUUUAAAAAUUGUGCAAAUAUUUAAAAAUUAUGGAACAUUGUUUUCCUUUAUUGUAGUAAUAAUGAGGUCCACAAUAAGGGCUGGAAUUUCAUGGCAUGUUUUGAUAGAGCAUCGCCUGACAGUUGAUUUUACUAAAGCUUUGUUGAUUUUUGGAUUUUCUGUGUCUGGCUUCGGUUCAGGCUUAGAGACAAAUAUUUGGCAAAGGUUUGUUAAGUUCUGUGCCAUUUUGAAAAGUUAUCAUGUCACCUCCAUACACACACAAGACCAUUAUUUGCUACCUCUUGAAUUGUUGCAUAAAAAGCCCUUAUAUAUGUGUGCACAUUCAAAUGCUCUUUGUGUAAAAUGAUCUUUGUGAAAUUAUGAUUUCUUUUUCAACAAUAAACCAUUUUAAUAAGAUCUUC